CUGUCCGACAUCUUUUGUGAUAAUGCUACCAACUUCAAAGGAGCCAACAACAAAUUGGAGGCACUCAAGCAAUUUUUAUUCAAUGAAGAAACGAUCCACUCCAUCAAUAAAUUUUGUUUAAAUGAGUUCAUAAAAUUUCAUUUCAUCCCUCCCAGGGCCCCCCAUUUUGGCGGCCUGUGGGAGUCAGCAGUCAAGAGUGUCAAGGGGUUGCUCAACCGUACUAUAAUGAAUGCCCGACUCACAUUCGAAGAGCUAACCACUGUAACUGCAGAAAUAGAGGCGAUUUUAAACUCCCGUCCCUUGUCUCCGCUCUCGUCGGACCCGAAUGACCUGGCUGCACUCACACCAGGCCAUUUCCUAAUCGGAGAUGCAAUGCGUGCAAUGCCUGAAACCCCAGUCGUGGAGUUGGAUCUUUCAGAACAUUGGCGACGAGUAAGCUCGAUUAAACAACAGCUUUGGCGUCGCUGGUCACAGGAAUACAUAAACGAGCUUCAGGUGCGUAACAACUGGACCAAGUCGUCAACUAAUGUAACCGUAGGCCAAAUGGUUAUCGUGCAUGAUGAUAACUUACCACCUCAAUGUUGGGUGCUGGGUCGUAUCGAAUCAGUUAUACCUGAUAAGGACGACCGUGUACGCGUUGCUGAUGUUCGUAGCGCAAGAGGAGUAAUUCGCCGACCCAUACACAAGUUGGCUUUGUUAC